AUGGAAUGCCAGGAGAGUGAGUAUCUGGACGAGCACAGGAAGUGCGUUCCUUGCAGGGAGUGUGGCCCAGGAUGGGAGCUUUCCAAGGAGUGUGGCUAUGGUGAAGGAAGGGAUGCGCAGUGCACUGCUUGCCCUCCCAGGCGGUUUAAGGACAGCUGGGGGUUCCAUGGUUGCAAAACUUGUCUUUCCUGCCCCCUCAUCAACCGUGUCCAGAAAUCCAACUGCACUGCCACUUCCAAUGCAGCCUGUGGGGAAUGUCUGCCAGGGUUUUACAGUAAAACCCGGAUUGGCGGGCUGCAGGAUCUGGAAUGCAUCCCCUGCACAAAGCAGACUCCUUCCUCUGAGCCUCAGUGCAGCUCCAGGACUACCCUGGUGAAGGUAGUGAUCCCCACAGUACCCCCACAGGACACCGCCCUCCUAGUGCUAACCAGCAGUGCGCUAGUCAUCAUUGUGUUGGUGCUGCUGGCACUCGCCAUCAUCUGCUGCAAGCGCUUCUGGAAGAGCCAGUGUCAGCAAGUGUUUCUGAGGACCCAGAGUUUCUCGGCCCAGAGGGUGAUGUUCCGGGCCUCAGCCAUGCCAAGCAGGUUUCCCUGUGAGGAACAGAUGUCUAGUCCCUGCUGCUUGGGUGUGAAGAACCUGAGCCCUUGCUCCGGGCAAGCAGAAGGUCCCGUUGAACCGGUUCAGUUCAUUUCGAAUGGUGACGCCAUAGGCCUGCAGAUCCCUGCUCUCCAGCCCAAUUUGGAAGCGAUUGCUGUCAGCCCCAAUCCCAAAUCCCAGCUGGCGAGAAGCGUCUUGGAGACCCAACCCCUGAUAAGGAACUCAGGGUCCAGCGACUGUUCUGCAGGAGGCCCGUCAUCCUCAGAUGCCAGGCAGGGCACAGCUGGGUUCACAGAGGCCCUGACUCCCCUCUCAUCAUGUGCCUCAGAGAUGCAUCCUAAGUGGCCCCAUGCCCCGGUGGAGUGCACGGAGCUAGACCUGCAGACGUUUUCCACCCAGGCCGAGUUCAUGGGCACCAAAAGCCAGGAGGAUGCAGAGAAGCAGGCGGCUCAGAGGACCCGGAGACAUACAGAUGAGCUAACCCUUGAAGUUCCCCUGUUGGGUGCCUCUCUGAUAACACAAAGUGAACGUGUUCUGGAGCCUGUCAGGGGAUCAUCCUCAUCCUUCCACAUUCCCACUGCUGAAGGCAGGGAGCAGCCUCAGGCGAAUGAUGUCCUGAGCCUUGUGUGUGAGAUUAGCAGCGUCACACAAGGUCUCCCCAUAAUACAGCUCCCCCACUCCUUGGUGCUGUUACUUGGCUUCCAGUUGGACCCUUGCUUGUCUGGUCUCAAGAAUUUCAGCCACGUGGGGAUGGAGCUGGGGGUCCCAUCCCAUCUGGUGAGCAGGAUGUCUGGAUUCAAGCAGCUCGUCGCUCACCUUGCCUCCUCAGGAGACACAGUCACUGUUCCUGCCCUGGCCCGGGUCCUACAGCGACUCCAGCGCUUCGAUGCCUUGCUCCUACUCUGCGAUCAUUUCAUUCUGAGCCGGGCCCAGGGCUGCCAACACUAG